UUAAGGUAGAAGAGCCACAACAUGGACUACCAACAACUUUUGAUACUAAUUUCCUUUAUUGUCUUCUUCAUACUUAGAAAAUUAAACCAACCCCAAAAUUCUAAAAAACUUCCUCCAGGACCAAACCCACUUCCCAUAAUUGGAAACAUCUUAGAAUUUGGCAAAACCCCACACAAGACACUCACAAAACUCUCAAAAAUCUAUGGACCAAUCAUGACACUAAAACUAGGAAGAAUAACAACCAUAGUAAUUUCAUCACCACAACUAGCCAAACAAGUGUUACAUGAAAAUGCCCAAAUCUUCUCUAAUAGAACUGUUCCACAUGCAGCAUGUGCACUUGAUCAUCAAAAUUUCUCAGUUGGGUGGCUUCCAACAUCACCCUUGUGGAAAAAACUAAGAAAAUUUUGUGUGACAAACUUAUUUUCUCCAAAAAUGCUUGACUCAACAAAAAUAAUUCGCCAAAAAAAGUUGCAAGAUUUAUUGGAUUAUGUGAAGGAAAAAAGCAACAAAGGUGAGGUUUUUAAUUUUGGUGAAGCUGUUUUUGUAACCGUCCUUAAUACAAUUUCAAACAUUUUGUUCUCUAUGGAUAUGGCUCAUUAUGAAAAGUAUCAUGAGUUUGAGAACAUUAUUAGGGGUCUCUCAAAUGUUAUUGGGCAGCCUAAUAUUGCUGAUUUCUUUCCAAUUCUUCGUCCCUUGGAUCCACAACGUUUGCAUGCUGGAACAGUCAAUUACUGGGGGAAGUUGUGUAAGAUUAUUGAGGGAAUUGUUGAAGAAAGAGUUUCCAAAAAUGAUUCUAAAGUUUGCAAUGAUGUGUUAGAUUCACUUCUUAACAAUAUUGGAGAACCUAGUUUUGAUCAGUUCAGCCACGAGGAGAUAUUACAUCUGCUUCCGGAUUUAUUUGUUGCUGCGAUUGACUCAACAUCAAACACAAUUGAAUGGAUUAUGGCAGAGCUACUAAAUAACCCUGACAAAUUGACAAAAGUAAGAAAAGAGUUGUUUGAAACAAUUGGCAAAAAUGAAACAAUUGAAGAAUCAGAUAUUACCAAAUUACCUUUCUUACAAGCAGUGGUGAAGGAAACAUUCCGAUUGCACCCACCAGCUCCAUUAUUUCUACCCCAUAAAUGUGAUGAAUUUGUGAACAUAUUUGGCUUCAAUGUGCCUAAAAAUGCACAAGUACUAGUCAAUGUGUGGGCCAUAGGAAGAGAUCCAACCAUUUGGAAAAAUCCAAAUAUGUUCAUGCCUGAAAGAUUUUUGGAGUGUGAUAUUAACUAUAAGGGCAAUAAUUUUGAGCUUAUACCCUUUGGGGCAGGCAAAAGAAUUUGUCCAGGAUUGCCAUUAGCUCAUAGGAGUGUGCAUUUAAUUGUGGCUUCCAUUCUAUACAAUUUUGAAUUGAAGCUUGCUGAUGGACUAAUGCCUGAACAUAUGAAUAUGGAGGAGCGAUCUGGAUUAACCUUAAAGAGGCUCCAACCUCUUCGAGUUCAAGCUACUUCAAUCAAGCAUGGUUAAUUAUUAUAUACAAAAAUAAUACUUCUCAUGCUAUAUGUGUGUAUAUUUCAGUUAUUAUAUAUUUAUUAUUUUUAUUAUUGUAUAUAGAUGAAUGUAUUUUGUUCCAUUAAAAUAUAUAUGUCAUUGUAGUCUCUUAGUAGUACAGAUUAUUAAGAAAUGAUGAAAUAAAAAGAAGAAUGUGAGUAAUUGUGUUUGCUACAA